AUGGCUACCUGGCUCUCGGAAGAUUUGUGGGACGGAAUUGAGGAUAUAAUGAAGGCUUCUCGCCUCCCAGAUCGAUCAUCAGCUCAGCACACAACACUCAGAGCAUCUUCCAAUCCUCAUAUCAGAGAAACACAAAUCACAACCACAACCACGGGAGCUCUUCCCUCUUCCCUCUUCGGGUACGAUAUCAUGGCCCCCCUUGGAGAGAGCCGUAAGGCUUCCAACGCUCUACCCCGCCGAAACGAUACACCUCGAAAGAAGCCCAACAUGGACAACGAGGACGAGGAGAACAAUCAUAGCGAAAUGGGCCCCGAGGAAGAGGAGAUCCCCAGCGAGAAAGACCCCCUCGAGAGCCUCGAGAGCCUCGACCGUGACAUGCAGUUGGUUUAUCAAGCAUAUCCCGGACUCACGGGUAAAAGUUGGGCUACGAUCUGCGCGGCAGCUUCUGCAAAACCUGCUGCAAAAGCUACUACAAACCGUGAUGGAGGCGCUGCUACAAACAGUGCGAUCCCUGGAGAUGCCCAAAACCCCAUUAUCCAACCCGCCAGUGCCGAUAGACCUCAACUCACUCAGAAUCCUGCCAACCCUGCCAAGCCGAAGCUGGACGAGGUUGAUAUUUAUGUCAAGCUUUGGAACAAGAUCGGUGAUGAAUUUCCAAUCUCCGGCGGCCAGGAGGCUUUGCGGAUCAAGCUCGACUCGACCUAUGGUGACCUCGAGGAAAAGCUCAAGAUGCACAUCCGCGAAAGCGAGGAGAGACACAGAAAGGCUCAACUUGCCGGUAACUUCCACCUGGGUGUUUAUUGGUCCAACGAGCACGAGGUACAUGCGAUCAAUGCUAUCUUGGAGCCAGGUGCUUGGGACAAUUCUGUCACCGAACCUGGUAUGGGAGGAGUCAGGGUCGAUUGGGAGAACUGCAAGAGUACUCUUGCUUUGAUGGAGAGAAUGCAUGGACUGCCCACCAUGAACGUCGUCAUCAAACCCAAGGAGGAUUGGUCUGAUAGGAAGUAA